GGAGGCGAUUGGAUGCAGCGGCGGCGGCGGAUCCCGGAGAGCAGCGGAGUGAGAGGAGUAGCGAGUCGGGCGCCCGGAGGGGUAAAAAUAUUUCCAUCAUGGCUCAUUCAAAGACCAGGACCAAUGAUGGGAAAAUUACUUAUCCUCCUGGUGUCAAGGAAAUUUCAGAUAAAAUAUCUAAGGAGGAGAUGGUGAGACGGUUAAAGAUGGUUGUGAAAACUUUCAUGGAUAUGGACCAGGACUCUGAAGAAGAAAAGGAGCUUUAUCUAAAUCUAGCUUUACAUCUUGCUUCAGAUUUUUUCCUCAAGCAUCCUGAUAAAGAUGUUCGCUUACUAGUAGCCUGCUGCCUUGCUGAUAUUUUUAGGAUUUAUGCCCCUGAAGCUCCUUACACAUCCCCUGAUAAACUAAAGGAUAUAUUUAUGUUUAUAACAAGGCAGUUGAAGGGGCUAGAGGAUACAAAGAGCCCACAAUUCAAUAGGUAUUUUUAUUUACUCGAGAACAUUGCUUGGGUGAAGUCAUAUAACAUAUGCUUUGAGUUAGAAGAUAGCAAUGAAAUUUUUACCCAACUAUACAGAACGUUAUUUUCAGUUAUAAACAAUGGCCACAAUCAGAAAGUUCAUAUGCACAUGGUAGACCUCAUGAGCUCUAUUAUUUGCGAAGGUGAUACAGUGUCUCAGGAGCUUUUGGAUACAGUUUUAGUAAAUCUGGUACCUGCCCAUAAGAAUUUAAACAAGCAAGCAUAUGAUUUGGCUAAAGCUUUACUGAAGAGGACAGCUCAAGCUAUUGAACCAUAUAUUACCAAUUUUUUUAAUCAGGUUUUGAUGCUUGGGAAAACAUCUAUCAGUGAUCUGUCAGAGCAUGUCUUUGACUUAAUUUUGGAGCUCUACAAUAUUGAUAGUCAUUUGCUGCUCUCUGUUUUACCCCAGCUUGAAUUUAAGUUAAAGAGCAAUGAUAAUGAGGAACGCCUACAAGUUGUUAAACUACUUGCAAAAAUGUUUGGGGCAAAAGAUUCAGAAUUGGCUUCUCAAAACAAACCACUUUGGCAGUGCUACUUGGGCAGGUUUAAUGAUAUCCAUGUGCCAAUCCGCCUGGAAUGUGUGAAAUUUGCUAGCCAUUGUCUUAUGAACCAUCCUGAUUUAGCAAAGGACUUAACAGAGUAUCUUAAAGUGAGGUCACAUGACCCUGAGGAAGCUAUCAGGCAUGAUGUUAUUGUGUCUAUAGUUACAGCUGCUAAAAAGGAUAUCCUUCUGGUCAAUGAUCAUUUACUUAAUUUUGUGAGAGAGAGAACAUUAGACAAACGGUGGAGAGUGCGCAAAGAAGCCAUGAUGGGACUUGCCCAGAUUUAUAAGAAGUAUGCUUUACAAUCAGCAGCUGGAAAAGAUGCUGCAAAACAGAUAUCAUGGAUCAAAGACAAGUUGCUACAUAUAUAUUAUCAAAAUAGUAUUGAUGAUAGAUUACUCGUUGAGCGGAUUUUUGCUCAAUACAUGGUUCCCCACAAUAUGGAAACUACAGAACGGAUGAAGUGCUUGUAUUACUUGUAUGCCACACUGGAUUUAAAUGCCGUGAAAGCAUUGAAUGAAAUGUGGAAAUGUCAAAAUCUGCUCCGACAUCAAGUAAAGGAUUUGCUUGACUUAAUUAAGCAACCUAAAACAGAUGCCAGUGUCAAGGCCAUAUUUUCCAAAGUGAUGGUUAUUACAAGAAAUUUGCCAGAUCCUGGUAAGGCUCAGGAUUUCAUGAAGAAAUUCACACAGGUGUUAGAAGAUGAUGAGAAAAUAAGAAAACAAUUAGAAGUACUUGUUAGUCCAACAUGCUCCUGCAAGCAGGCUGAAGGUUGCGUGCGUGAAAUAACUAAGAAGUUGGGCAACCCCAAACAGCCUACAAAUCCUUUCCUAGAAAUGAUCAAGUUUCUCUUGGAGAGGAUAGCACCUGUGCACAUAGAUACUGAAUCUAUCAGUGCUCUUAUUAAGCAAGUGAACAAAUCAAUAGAUGGAACAGCAGAUGAUGAAGAUGAGGGUGUUCCAACUGAUCAAGCCAUCAGGGCAGGUCUUGAACUGCUUAAGGUACUCUCGUUUACACAUCCCAUCUCAUUUCAUUCUGCUGAAACAUUUGAAUCACUCCUGGCUUGUCUGAAAAUGGAUGAUGAAAAAGUAGCAGAAGCUGCACUACAGAUUUUCAAAAACACAGGAAGCAAAAUUGAAGAGGAUUUCCCACACAUCAGAUCAGCCUUGCUUCCUGUUUUACAUCACAAAUCUAAAAAAGGACCCCCCCGUCAAGCCAAAUAUGCCAUUCAUUGUAUCCAUGCGAUAUUUUCUAGUAAAGAGACACAGUUUGCACAGAUAUUUGAGCCUCUGCAUAAGAGCCUAGAUCCAAGCAACUUGGAACAUCUCAUAACACCAUUGGUUACUAUUGGUCAUAUUGCUCUCCUUGCACCUGAUCAAUUUGCUGCUCCUUUGAAGUCUCUGGUAGCUACUUUCAUUGUGAAAGAUCUUCUCAUGAAUGAUCGGCUUCCAGGGAAAAAAACAACUAAACUUUGGGUUCCAGAUGAAGAGGUUUCUCCUGAGACAAUGGUCAAGAUUCAGGCUAUUAAAAUGAUGGUUCGAUGGCUACUUGGAAUGAAAAAUAAUCACAGUAAAUCAGGAACAUCUACCUUAAGAUUGCUAACAACAAUAUUGCAUAGUGAUGGAGACUUAACAGAACAGGGGAAAAUUAGUAAACCAGAUAUGUCACGUCUGAGACUUGCUGCUGGGAGUGCUAUUGUGAAGCUGGCACAAGAACCCUGUUAUCAUGAAAUCAUCACUUUAGAACAAUACCAGCUAUGUGCAUUAGCUAUCAAUGAUGAAUGCUAUCAAGUAAGACAAGUGUUUGCUCAGAAACUUCACAAAGGCCUUUCCCGAUUACGGCUUCCACUUGAGUAUAUGGCAAUCUGUGCACUUUGUGCAAAAGAUCCUGUAAAAGAGAGAAGAGCUCAUGCUAGACAGUGCUUAGUAAAAAAUAUAAAUGUAAGACGCGAGUAUCUGAAGCAGCAUGCAGCUGUUAGUGAAAAAUUACUGUCUCUUCUACCAGAAUAUGUUGUUCCAUAUACAAUUCACCUUUUGGCACAUGACCCAGAUUAUGUCAAAGUACAAGAUAUUGAACAACUUAAAGAUGUUAAAGAGUGUCUUUGGUUUGUUCUGGAAAUAUUAAUGGCCAAAAAUGAAAAUAACAGUCAUGCAUUUAUCAGAAAGAUGGUAGAAAAUAUUAAACAAACAAAAGAUGCCCAAGGACCAGAUGAUGCAAAAAUGAAUGAAAAACUGUAUACUGUAUGUGAUGUUGCCAUGAAUAUCAUCAUGUCAAAGAGCACCACAUACAGUUUGGAAUCUCCUAAAGACCCAGUACUACCAGCUCGUUUUUUCACCCAACCUGACAAGAAUUUCAGUAACACCAAAAAUUAUCUGCCUCCAGAAAUGAAAUCGUUUUUCACUCCUGGAAAACCUAAAACAACCAAUGUUCUAGGAGCUGUUAAUAAGCCACUUUCAUCAGCAGGCAAACAAUCUCAGACCAAAUCAUCACGAAUGGAAACUGUAAGCAAUGCAAGCAGCAGCUCAAAUCCAAGCUCUCCUGGAAGAAUAAAAGGGAGGCUCGAUAGUUCUGAAAUGGAUCACAGUGAAAAUGAAGAGUACACAAUGUCUUCACCUUUGCCGGGAAAAAAAAGUGACAAGAGAGACGACUCUGAUCUUGUAAGGUCUGAAUUGGAGAAGCCUAGAAGCCGGAAAAAAACACCUGUCACAGACCCAGAGGAAAAAUUAGGUAUGGAUGACCUGAGUAAGUUGGUACCGGAACAGAAACCUAAAGGUAGUCAGCGAGGUCGGAAAAGAGGCCAUACAGCUUCAGAAUCAGAUGAACAGCAAUGGUCUGAGGAAAAGAGGCUCAAAGAAGAUUUAUUGGAAAAUGAGGAUGAACAGAAUAGUCCCCCAAAAAAGGGUAAAAGAGGCCGACCACCAAAACCUGUUGGUGGAGGUACACCAAAAGAAGAGCAAUCAAUGAAAACUUCUAAAAAAGGAAGCAAAAAAAACCCUGGACCUCCAGCAGCAGAGGAAGAGGAAGAAGAAGAAAGACAAAGUGGAAAUAUGGAACAGAAGUCAAAAAGCAAGCAGCACCGAGCGUCAAGGAGAGCACAACAGAGAGCAGAAUCUCCUGAAACUAGUGCAGUUGAAUCCACACAAUCCACACCACAGAAAGGACGAGGAAGACCAUCAAAAACGCCAUCACCAUCACAACCAAAAAAAAAUGUCCGUGUAGGACGCUCCAAACAAGCAGCUACUAAAGAAAAUGAUUCCAGCGAAGAAGUAGAUGUGUUUCAGGGUAGCUCUCCUGUCAAUGAUGAUAUUCCACAGGAAGAAACAGAGGAAGAGGAAGUUUCUGCAUUAAAUGUACGGCGGCGAAGUUCUAAAAGGGAAAGGCGAUGAACAAAUGUAAUUUAUAACUUUCUGUGUGGAAGCUUUGGAAAAAGAUUAAUUUUGUCAAGCUUGAGGCUAAAUAAAGCCUUUGAUGCACAAAAUGGGACUGCUGAAGAGUGGACAGUUGGACCUUGCUUUGAUGACCCCAUCUAUUUGUGGUCAUACAGUUUAGCCAUACACAUGACAGCAUUGACUAUGAAGUCUUGUGAAAGCGUACUAUGCGAUGGCUAUGUAGACAUAAACUAAAGAAGAAACUUGUAAAUAUCUUUUUUUUUUAAUGUUUCAGACUUCUAAAGUGCUUGUAUAGCUUUUAUCUGCGGCUUUAAACUGACAGUACCCCACUGUUUAUUGGAUCUAUUGAUUUGGAAAGAUCUUAUUGUUAGGCUAGAUCUUAAGCAGUUAUCUGUCAGUGUUUGUAUUUGUAUUCUCUGCAAUUUUACUGUGAAAAAAAUUUUUCAACAAUUGGUGUCAUUUUCUUCAUGUCACUAUUUGUUGGAGAGUUAAAUGGUCUCUUCCCUUUGUGUAUCUUACCUAGUGUUUACUCCUGGGCACCCUUAAUAUUCAGAGGUGCUAAAUUGUUUGCCAUUACACAAGAAUGAUAACUGAUGAGAGGACACCGUACAAAUUGUGAAAUAGUCCUGGUUUGUUUAAUUACUUUACACCUCAGUAUUGGUCCCAGAAUUUUCUGGCAAUGACAAUUUUAAGACGAAAGAGAUUUAAAAUAUUUUGAUUUUAAAGAGUGUGUUAUAAAAUAAUGUACUGAAUUCUUUAUCCCAUUUUA